AUGGAGUUCAACUUUGCCUAUGUUCCACAAAAAAUGAUUAAGAGGAGGGCAUUGGCAGAUUUCCUUGCCGAUCACCCCUCACCAGAAAUCGAAUCACAAGUUUUUGAUGAACUAGACUUGGCAGCCGUAUUCAUGACCCCUUGGACUUUAAUGUUUGAUGGGUCGAAUUUCAAGUGCUCAAAUAAUCAAGCUGAGUAUGAAGUAUUGAUCAUCGGCUUGGAAAUUCUACUAGAGAUGGCGGUCAAAGAUGUCCACAUUGUGGGAAAUUCAAGUUUAGUGAUUAAUCAGAUAUCAGAAGAUUUUAGGUGUUUAAAUUGGCAAUUAAGGCCAUUUCAUUCAUUGGCAACUCAAUUGGUUAACCAAUUUCACAGUGUGACUUUGGAAUACCGACCAAGAGCCAUGAAUAAAAUAGCUAAUGAUUUAGCCCAAACCACUUCAGGAAUCAGAGUGCCAAAUAGUAUAAAGGAAAGGAUAAUGAAAAUCACAUGCCGAUCUCUUCCAUUGGCUGAAACAAAAAACCAAGUUAUGGAAGAAGUUUUUGCUAUUGAUAUUGCCGAGUUAGAUGAUGAUGAUUAG